CCUCUUUCAUUCAUCUCGUCGGUGAUGUGCGGCGAAGAGAUUCGUAAAAUAAUGGGCACAUUCGGUUUGUGAAGUCUGUUCUGCUCUCCGUGUGACGGACAGGCUAUUGACUAUUGAGCUGGAGUGAGUAGAAAGUAAGCUCAUUUAAAACAAACAUCUGUCUUCAGGACUCCUGCCACGUUUUGAAGCAAGGAGAAUGCCCUCGCUUUCAUAAAAGGAGGAUCUGAACAGUGAUUGAGGAAGCGAGUGAAGACAGAGGAGGACAAAGAAGGAGACAUGGCUGGCUCACAGGGAAGAGAGUGAUCAGAGAACACAGGACAUAAAGAUGAAGCUGUGGGGGCAGUCAGUGUGGCCGUUGCAGGUUGUACUCUUGGUCACCUUGGUAAUGUGCUCGUGCCAGUCGGUUUCUGCGGGUACGCGGAUUCUGCGGGGACACACAGCUUCGUAUCAGGUGAAGCAGGGAACCUGUGAGGUGGUGGCCAUCCACCGGUGCUGCAAUAAGAACAAGAUAGAGGAACGUUCACAAACCGUCAAGUGCUCCUGCUUCCCUGGUCAGGUGGCCGGGACAACACGUGCACAGCCUUCUUGCGUGGAGGCUUCUAUCGUGCUGCAGAAGUGGUGGUGCCAAAUGCACCCAUGUUUGGAUGGCGAGGAGUGUAAAGUUCUUCCAGACCUUACUGGUUGGUCCUGCAGCACUGGUAACAAAGUCAAAACCACCAAGGUCACUCGAUAGCAAGAACAUGGCUGCCGUACCAAGAAGCCCAAGACUCCUUACCAACUUCUAAUGGAAAAGAAGACCCUCUUGUUUAAGACACUGACAUUACAGAGGAUUCCGUACAUGUGAAAGAUGGACAAACUCACUGUAGGCUAUGGCUACCUUGCUUCGACAGAAGAUAUGAGGAUAGACAAGGAUCUCUGUAUAAACCUGAGGUUCGACUGAAGAUGCUGGACACACAGGUGCUCCUGUGAGAGACUGCAUUUGUCAGCUGAAAGUGACUUUAUGGAUUUCAACCGGCUUUCUUGUGUGUGUGUGUGUAUGUGUGUGCAUGUGUGAGACAGAUAGUAGGACUUGGGACUUGUAGGACAAACUGUGGACAGUUCAGACCUGUCUUGGAGCUUGGUGUCUGUAUGUAAGUGUGUGUUAGUCAGGUUGAUGAUGAUGAGACAGUAGUUGAACGCUGUUUAUCCACUUUCCAGCACACAGCAAACUUUACAUUCAUGUGUAGGGUGGGGAUUGCUUUGAAUGUGUGAGUCACAAGUUAUCAAUUUGCUCUUUUGUGUCAAAUGUUUCCUUUAAGUCAUUUUGCACUUCUAAUUAGGGUUGCUGAAUAGGAUCAUAACAACAAAUAAAAAAUUCAUGGGCGACUUUUUUGCACUAGAUAAGAUCAUAUGGAGACAUUUUCUGUUUUCUAGUCUUUUACUGUCCGUGUAAGAUGGAAUUCAAGAGAGAAACAUUUAUUAAGCUUCCUUCCACAAACGCGCAAAGUAGAAAUGCAAGUGAUGUAGUUAUCAGUAAAACAAUGGUAAACUGCAGUAAAAUACAGCUCUUCCUUGCUGUAAAAUGUUACGUAAUGUGAGCUUUACAGAUGCAAUCCCCUUCAAAAAACUUUUAAAACUGACAGCUGGCUAAAAACAUCUAUGUUACUCUGUAAAAAGAUCCACAAACCACUUAAAGGUGCACUAAGUAAAUUUUUUUACUAGGUUUAAAACCUAAAUAAAUGAGAUAAAUGUUUAAAAUGCUGAUUACUUAAAAAAUAAAAGCGGUUUUAUUCUACAAAUAGCACAUUGGACCAUGAUGCUUUGAUCACAUGACUUGCCAAAUACAACACAACAAAUACAAUGGCAACCCAUAUUACCAGACACUGUUGGUUUCAGAAUAAAUUAAUAUGAGGGUGCCGAAUGCAAACUUUUACAGUACAUCCACGCCACUAGGUGUCAGUAUGAAAUUUAAGUGAUCUGUAAGUGAAACAUAACCAGAAAGUUACUUGGUGCACUUUUAAACAAGGAAAUACAGUAUCUUGUUUUUAACAUUCUGCUCUCUGGUUUAACUGUGAAGCUCUCAAAAGUACUCUGUGAAGUUCUGAAAACAGGCUAGCAAUGUGCCGACUGAGAUAAUGAACAUGUUUAAAGAUAAGCGCCAAUGUGAAGAGGCAUAACUCAUGCCCAAUACUGCAAAGAAAUAAAGU